UAAAGGCCGCGUGAUGAAUAAAUAUCCGUACGUAGCGAACCCCUACAUUUCUACGUCCCUUUUAUAGCGAAAAAGCCAUGGCGUGAAGUCCCAAGUUGAUUCACUUCUCCGUUCCCUUCUCCGAGAAACGAGCGGAGGCGAAAACCCUAACACACUCGCUCGUCGUCCUCGUCGUGUUCGUCGUCUUCUUCUUCGAUCCAUGGCGAUCCGGAGAUCGAAGUAGCAUGAUGUAGGAAUCGUCGCGUUUCGAGAUUAAUUGUGUUAUUCUCGUUAAAAAGUGGUUGAGAUGUUACCUGGAGAAUUGGAGAAUGGCUCUUUCAAUGGUUCCUUCUUGAUACUUAAUUUGGGGAACAAUACAGUUGGAUUGGGGAACCCUUGCAUGUUUCCUAUUCCGCCCAAAUCUCUUCAUCAGAGAUCGAUAGAUGGGGCUCAUGACAAUUCAAUCUCUAUUGGGAACACAAAUGCUAGUUCCAAUAUUCCCACAGAAGAAUCACCUAGAGGAUCAUCGGAACAUAAGAGGAAUAAGAUGUUAUCUGAUGAAUCAGAUGAUCCUGACUGGGUGCCAGGGAUGAGGGCUAGAAAGAGAAGCAGCAGUCUGGCUCUCAGAGCAGCAAAACCAAAUGCACUUUCUCCUCCUGUCGGUAGUAACAAUUCUGAUAUUUCACAGAGAGGUUUCAAUGGUACAACUGCCUCAGGAACUGGACAGCCGCCGCAGUAUCUGGUGGGCCUUUUGAACUUCUUCGGCUGGAAAGUGCUUUUUCGACCUGGGUUUGAUGACUAUGUUUAUAUAUCUCCUGCUGGUAUCACUUUCUACUCCCUUCCGAAGGCUUUUGAGACCUUUCUACUUGGUACUUCCAAGUAUAAGGAGAAGCUGCCGGUGACAUCUGUUGGAGAAUUCCCUCUUAGAAGUGCUGAUAAUGGGAAGAGAUUGCAUGAGACAAAGAGGACGAGUUCAGUGGUUGGAGAGGGUGCCGCAGCUUCUAUGUCAAUUGAAUGUGUUAAUUUGACGCAAUUCUCACAAAAGCCGGACAAAGUGGUUGAGAAUACGAGAACCUGUACUGAAGAUAAUAAAGCGAAGAAGAUUGCAGCGAGCAGCUGUUUGAUCGCAAAUGAAGCCAAAACUUGCAAUGACGAUGCACAUGAUGAAAGGAGAAAUUGUAAAUUUAGACGAUCAGUUCGAAUAACUAGGGGAGACAUUAUUGGAGCAAGUUCUGUGGAUGCUGCUCAAACUAAGGCUGCAUCAUGUAGAACAAAAAGGGAUGCAGUGGGUGAUAUAGUAUCUGAAUAUCCAAAUAAUAAAGUUAGAAAGUCAAACUGUAGAGAUAUUGUUGUUUUAGAAACUGAUCGAAGAAACCAAAAGUGUGUAUCUAAUAAGAAGAAGUUGGCUCGUGUUUGGCGGUCUAGGCGCGGAAAUAGGAAACGUGUUCCCGUGGAUGCUGAAUUUAAUGCUGAAAAUAUGGUUCAUGACAACUUGGCUUCGAGCACGUCUGUUGAUAAUAAUGCUGUUAGUGGGAAUUUCUGUGCAAAUGACAAAGGCUCUAGUGGUGGAGACAAAAAACUGGGUUCAUCUAAUAUUACUGUUUCAUGUCAAUCUAUUUUUAGUGAUGAUUGUGCUAUAGCUGGAACUAGGAAAUCAAUGCGUAUAAACGGAAAACACGUUCCUGUUAACAAUGAAUUGGAGUGUGAAAUGGGUGCUGACGAUGGCAUAUUUGAGCAUUUUAAAUCUGCAACUUCCAGAGUAGCAAAGAAGGACAAGCAGGAAUUAGCAACUUCUGCUGAAGAUGAUGAAAUGGAUGUCAGCACUCAUGUUUCUGAUGAUAUGCAGUUCAAGCAUAGUGAUGCUAAGAACUUUGAUUGCCAAAAUUCCAAACCUCAUAGACAGUUGGAGAGUCACGACUCAAAGAAAAACCAUAAUAAUGAAAAGAUUCCAAUAUCUGAAAUGUCCUCUGCGAAAAGUCGGAAGACAGUUGUGAAAGAAAGUUUGAUCAGUGAGAAGAAAAAGGGGAAUCGAGCAUGCCGACUAAUUCUUAGGAGGAAAGGGAAAGACGACCGUAACAACAGAUCUCCUCUAGAAACAAAAUAUACUAUGCUGUCCUGGUUAAUUGAUGCAGGCGCUUUAACUGAAAAUGAGAAAGUUAUGUAUGUAUCAAAAAGCAAUACAACUAAUAUUCUUAGUGGUUUGGUGACUAGAGUGGGAAUUUGUUGUGACUGUUGUAAGGAGGUCAUGUCAUUGUUGAAAUUUGAAGCUCAUGCUGGUAGUAAUCUUCAGCAACCUUGGAGUAACAUUUUCCUGAUGUCUGGAAAAACUCUAUUACAAUGCUUAAAAGAAGCUUGGGAUCAGAAGAAGAUGGAAAGCCAAACUGGUGUUGAAACAGUAGGAAUUGAUGAUCUGGAUCCUAGCGAUGACACGUGCGGGGUUUGUGCAGAUGGUGGGCACUUGAUAUGCUGUGAUGGAUGUCCUUCUACUUUCCAUCAAGAAUGUUUGAUGCUUAAGGUUCUUCCAGAAGGCUGUUGGUACUGCCCUUACUGUAGAUGUGCAAUUUGCACAGCAUCAGAAUAUGGAUUGUAUGGAGUUCCUGAGACUUUGAAAUUGCUCAUAUGCAAACAAUGUGGCCGUAAAUAUCACCGAAAAUGUUCAUCAGGAAAUGAUACACUUGAAAUGGGUUUAUUCUGUGGGGAGAAGUGCAAAAAGUUGGCGAAUCAACUAUCUAAUGUAAUAGGUGUUACAAAUCAUAUGGAAGGUGGCUUCUCAUGGUCUCUUUUACAAAUUUUUGGUGAAGAUGAGGCAGUAUGCUCUAAUUAUAGAAUGCCCUUUAUACUGGAAUGCAAUGCCAAACUUGCCAUGGCUCUCUCUGUGCUAAACGAGUGCUUUCUUCCUCUGAUUGACCGAAGAACAGGCAUGGACAUGAUUGGCCAAGCAGUUUUUAGCCGUGGAUCAAGGUUUGACCGGCUCAACUUCCAAGGAUUUUACACAGUGGUUUUGGAGAAGGAUGGAGAAAUUAUUUCAGUAGCUUCAUUAAGGUUUCGAGGGACAAAUUUUGCAGAAAUGCCCUUUGUUGGUACACGACCGAUAUACCAGAGGCAAGGAAUGUGUCAUCGCCUUCUGCGAGCUGUCGAACAGAUGUUGUCGUCACUGCACGUAGAAAAGCUAGUAAUUCCUGCCAUACCUGAUCUAGUGGAGACAUGGACUCGGUCGUUCUCCUUCAAACCCUUGGAAUCAGCUCUGAAGGAUGAAAUCAAGAACCUGAGCUUGGUGGUCUUUGCAGAGACAACUAUGCUAGAGAAGCGCAUAUGCAGCGCAGCAGCAGCUCAAGAAGAGGCAGGUGAUUUGCAGACUAAUGAAAUCUGUAGCUCUGCAACAGGCGCAGAGGAGGCCAAGGAACAACCGGGCUUUUGCGGUACAGGGUGGUGGACCCUCUCCUUCACUGCAGCUAAUGAUGCUCAACAUAAUUCAUCCGUUGCCCAUAUUGACUCCAUAUAUUGUGCCCUUUCCUUCGACGAUCUUAUCAAAAUCAGAGACUGAACCGCUUUUGCUGCAUGAAUUUUGUGCUGUUACUCAGGGUAUCAGGGUUUCUUUCUACACAAUUUUUGUCAGCUAUAGUUUUCUAUGCUGUUUUUAACUAGGCAAAUAGAGAAUAUAAAGAGCUUGUAAAGUCACGAAAUUGCUCUACAUGAAGUGACAUUUUGUAAAGGCUCGUUGGUUUUGUAUGUAGUCUUAUCCGUGAAAUUUGUUUUCCAGUGUUUGCUUGAGUUGGUAAUAACAGCAAAUAUAGCAGAUUUCAG